AUGUCAGGUAUUGAUAAUGAAGUUCUUAUUAUUGAGAACAAUGAUGAGGCUUCUGUUUGGACUCAAAGGAAUGAAGAAAUUUUCAUCGAACUUACGGAAGAAGAAGUUUUAAAGGGAAAUAAAAAUACCACAACAUUUAUAAAGCAAUCAUGGAAAUAUAUAAAGGAAGAGCUUUCUGCACGAGCAAGAAGAAAUUAUAGUGAUAUGCAACUAAUGAACAAAUACAAUCAAUUAAAGCAAAAGCAUAAGGAUUUUAAGUCUUUACUGAAAGAGACUGGUAUGGGAUAUAAUGCAGUGACUGGAGAAGUUAGUGCGACUGAUGAAGUUUGGGAUAAACUUAUUCGGGUUAACAAGUCUGCUAAAAGAUUUAGAAAGAAAGGUUGUAAGUUUUAUGAGAAAUUCUGCACUAUCUUUGGUGAUACUACUACAACUGGUUCCAAUGCUCAUCCUUCAACUCGAAGUCCUUCUAAUGAUGGAGAUACUAAUUUAGGGCGUUACACUAAUGAUGAUGAUGCAACGUCGAUAAGUCCUUCUACUAGGAAUAAAGAAAGUGGUUUUGAUAAGGAUGGUAGCAAAAGAAGAGGUAAAUCAACAGCCACUUCGAACUCUCGAUCAGUAAAAAGAGCAAAGUUAUCAUCAGCUUUGGCAUAUGCACUGACAACAUAUAAUGAAACUGCAAAGUGA